AUGGCUAGUGCAUUCAAAAACAUCAUCGUUGUCGGGGGUUCGUACGUCGGAAAGUCAACCGCCCAGGAGCUCGCAAGGGUUGUCCCCAAGACACACCGCGUCCUCCUGAUCGAGCCCCAUAGCCACUUCCACCACCUCUUCGCAUUUCCUCGGUUUGCCAUCCUCCCCGGCCACGAACACAAAGCCUUCAUUCCAUACUCCGGCUUAUUUUCCUCGAUUUCCACCCCAACAAACCACACUGUCAUCCAAGCCCGCGUCCUUUCCGUGCAACCCCACCACGUCAACUUGGAUCGUGAAUGGAAUGGAUCUGGCAAAAUCCCAUUCGAAUACCUUGUCGUCGCGACAGGGACGCGCCUGUCCGAGCCAGCGGCCAUGAGAGACAACGACAAAGUCUCCUCUGUUGCGUAUCUCCAAAACCACCAGGCGGAGAUCAAGCGCUCAAAGUCGAUCCUGAUUGCUGGCGGCGGUGCAGUGGGCGUCCAGAUGGCAACGGAUAUGAAGGAAUACUACCCGGAAAAAGAAAUCACCGUCGUGCAAUCAAGGCCGUAUCUCAUGCCGCAGUAUCACUCCAAGCUGCACGAGCUGAUCAAGGAGCGCUUUGACGAUUUGGGGAUCAAAUUCAUCACCGGCUCGCGAAUCAAAGUCCCCGAGACCGGAUUCCCGUCAACCACCCCAUUCCCCGUCCACCUCACAGACGGCACCGCACUCCCCUCCCAAUACGACUUUGUCAUUCUAGCCACCGGCCAAACACCAAAUAACACUCUCAUCACUGACCUUCCCACCUCAGGAGAAUCCCUCCUUAACCCAGACAACGGCUUCAUCCGCAUCCGCCCGACAAUGCAGUUCCUCGACCAGAAAUACCCGCAUCUCUUCGCUGUCGGGGAUAUCGCAGACACAGGGCUGCGCAAGGCCGCGAGACCCGGCGCCGCACAGGCAGCUACUGUGGUGAAGAAUGUCCAGGCGAUGAUUGAAGGCAGGGAGCCCGUUGAGGAGUUUCCGAGGCAGCCGGCGGGUAUUCACCUUACCUUGGGAUCGAAAGAUAAUGUUGUCUUCCGCAAUCCGAAUGAGGCGGAGGGUCAGACGGAGCCAACCAUUAUAAAGCGGGAUGACGGUCGAGACGAUAUGGGCGUUGAGGGAUGGUGGGAGAGACUAGGAGUGAGUGUGAAUGAUGCGCGACAGUAUCAUCUGUAG